UCAGCGAAUACGAGUGUCUAGAAGUAGCGAUCCUUCGAAUAUUCGGCGUGGUGAGUGUGUAGGUAAAUCACCUGCGUGUUGUGACUUGUGGCUGUUUGUAAACAGGUAACUGUGUAGCACUAUCUUACUGUUCCAAUAAUAGUGAUAGAGUGGGCGCACAGCUGACUGAUGAGUAACGCCUUAAUGACUUCACGAUCCGCCCGUUGCUGAUAGGAGAUAGCGUGCGAUAAGAUAGGCGACGUGCGACUAUCACAUUAUCAGGAACACGCUGUUUGCAACAACCUACAUUACGGCGGAGUCGAGAUAGCAGGUGUGUGCCCGCGGUGUCGUGCACGCGCUCAGUGUCCGGCGUCGUGGUGCUGCUGUGUUUGCUGGGGCUGGUGCUGGCGGCCGCCAUGUGCUCCCGCGCCGCGCCCGCCGUGCUCUCCCACGUCAACCUGCUGCUCACCCUGUACGGCGGCGCCCUGCUGGCGACGGCGGCGCGGCUCAAGUGGGACCCCAGCACGUACGUGGUGCUGCGCGAGCUGUUCCCCGCCGAGUACCGCGCGGCCGCCGUCUCGCUGACGGGCGCGGGCGCGCUGCUGCUGCUGCUGGCGCACCUCGCCGCCGCCGCACACCACGCCCAGCGCGACUACACUCGCCGCCUGCUCUACUACACGUACGCGUUGCUGAUGACCCUGCUGAUGGUGGGCGAGCUGGUGUUCGGCACGUGGCUGGCGCUGCAGGUGGUGGCCUGGCUGGACUCCGAGGCGGCGCAGCAGAUGGGCGAGGCGCUGGAGCUGAGCGAGCACCUGCGGCCCAUACUGCGCUACUUGGCGCGUUGGCACCCGCUGCCCGACCGCAUCGACGAGCUCAUCGCGGAGGCGCAGGCAGACGCGCCGCGCAACCUGUACGCGGCGCUGGCGCUGGGCGCGCUGCUGCUGGUGCUGCAGCCGCUGAGCGUGGCGAUGGCGCUGCUGGCCGCCUGCCGCCGCCCGCUGCCCUCCGCCUCGGAGGUCAGCCUGCAGCCAAGGACUCCCUUGUACAGCCGCGCCGACUCCGGCCCGCAGUACCGCCCGCUGCCGCUGCGCACCGCCUACAAGAACGGCCGCAUCGUGAUCCUGUGAUCGCUCCGCCGCACUCCGCGCUCCCCGCCGCACUCCGCUCACUAGUCACUGCUCGAACGUGUGCUCGACUGAUUCUUAGUAAAUAGUCUAAACCCGACUCGAUACAUAGCUAUCAAAGUAAGUAGGUGUGAGUCAUAUUCAGGAAAAUAACAACAAUAUGCGUUUCGUUGACUAAAAUGAGUCAAAACCUAUGUAAUGUAUUAAUUUAGUGUUAUUAAAAGUGAUACCUAAGUUUAAAUAUAAGUAAUUGUCUAAUGUGCUUCUAAGUGUAUUGUAAGUAUUUACUUUAAAGUUUAAGUUAAAAUAAAAUAAAAGCCGAAAUCAUGAA